CACACUCUCAUCGACAAUCUAGACAGCGACAAUCGACGAUCGCCUCUGUGUUUUCCCGCCAAAAUGUUCGGUUUCAAAGUGGUUUUCCUGCUGGUGAUUUUAGUGCUUCUGGCCAGGCAUAGUCUCGGAAAUUUACUGCAAUACGCCAGCCACAUGGAGAGGGUGAGCAGCAAGAACUUUCCUUGCGAUGCACCCCAAAAGAGGAUGGUGUCUUUGAGGGAGAUUGUCGGAGAUGAAGAAUUCGAGUUGAAGUUCCAGAAGGAUAUCAGUAAAAUAACGCCGUACGGAAGCAUUCUGCAUCGGUGUCGAAACUCUGGAUGUUGUGACAAGUACAAUGAGAAAUGCGAAGCAGUGAGCGAGAGCUACGUGAAGUUAGCCUUCAUGAUAGAUCGUAAACCUAUAAGAUUCGUCACUGUGAACGCGACCAACCAUACAAAGUGUGCCUGCCAAAAAGUGGGGGACAAUAAUAUCAAAUAAGUUUUUACACCAACAACUACAGAACACACCGAUAUUGAAUCGUUUUUCUUUACUAGCUUCUGGUUGAUAAUAAAAUUUACCUCAUCCAUACUCUCUGGAAUGUCUCAAUUUGAUUCUCAUUUGACAGCUGUCAAUAACAACAUGAACUUUUCACAAUUUUGGUCACAAAAACCAUUAUAUUAGGAAACGCUGAUGUACACAGGGUCAUUCACCUAACUAAUUCAUUAGGAGUGUAUAGAGAACCAGAAGAGAGAUCAAUCUGAAAUUUUGGGUACAGCCAUUGCAUGAUGUUAUCUAUUUUUGUGAAAUAUUUUCAAUUAGCUGUCACUUCCGGUUGAACCGGAACACUCUGUUUAUUAUUGUAUUUUUAGACUUCCCCUGGAGAGCUGAUUUCAUCAAUGUAUCACACUUGGGGGUCUAGCGGGAAUGAUUACAGAAAUAUAAGGCGUUCAAAAUCGAGAUUUUUUAACUUCAAUUUUUUUUUGUUUUGAAACUAUUCAUUAUUGAUCAAAACGACUCACAUGUCCCAAUCUGAACUUCUGAUUUACUAUUUACUGAUAUUUCAUCGGGACAGAUACAGAGGGUGGUUCAAGAUUCAGAAUUCUGAUCACCCUGUAUCUGUUCCGAUUGAAUAUCAGUAAACAGUUAAUCGAAAGUUGAGAUAGGGACAUGCGAGCCGUUUUGGUCGAUAAUGAAUAGUUUCGACACAAACAAAUCCUAAAAUUGAAGAUUCUCGAUUUUGAACACCCUAUAUCUCUGUAAUCAUUUCCGAUAGACCCCUUUUGUGAUGUAUCGAUGAAAUCAGGUGUUCAGGGAGAAACUGAAAAUGCAAUGAAAUACAGGGUAUUCUAUUUGAAAUAACAAAGUUGUUGCUACUUUUUUAUAGAAGGGGCAACACUGAAUUGCUGAAAAUAUCUUGAUUGAAGAGAGCAGCGUAUUCUGAAGUGUGUAAGCUCGUCGUGACAAACCCUGUAUAGAUAGUGUUCCAUUUGAAAAAACGAAGUCACUUCCGGUUCAACCGGAAGUAGCUACUUAAUUAGAAUUAUAUUUCAGAAAGAACGAUAACAUCACGCGAUGACUGUAACCAAAAUGUCAGAUUGACAAUUCUUUAGGUUCUCUAUAAACAUCUAAUGAAUUAGGUGAAUGCCCCUGUAUAAAGCACGGUACAGAAGUCCAUUAUCGUCUCACUAAAAGACUUAAUUUAUUGUUUCCCUUGAUGCUGAAACAACUCCGGAAGCUAAUAUAUCUCGGUUUAGAAAAAUGUCUUCUGUACCUCUUGGUCUAUAAUUAAAAUUAAUCUCUAAGUAUUAUUUAUUGUAAUGUGUACUUUCCAAUGUGUGAUGAAACAAUC